AGUUCAGUCAUAACGCUAUUUUUAUUGCAUUGCAUUGUUAUUAAAAUGUAAAACAAUAAAAUUUUGUGGAAAAUAUUGUUGAGUUAGACGGGAAAUGUUUACAUUAUGAGUCUUACGACAGAUCUACUCAUUUUUCUGGCUUCUUUUAUAAUUAUUAACUUUAAAGGAGCAACUGCGGAGAACUUUGCAUUAGAUGUUGAUGAAGAAGAAGAAAGCUUAAAACAAGCAAUAUUUCUGGUCGAGUUACUAAAAUCAGAUUUUGGCAAAAGUUUAAGAGAGAAUAAUUACGUUAUAAGCAAUGCAGAUAAUGUUACUGAAGAGAACAGUACUUGCCCGACUCCUAUAGGCGAUUUAGAGAACGCUACAGAGCCUGUAAGCACCGCAGAGAAUUCAACGAGCAUUUCCCCAGGUGCUGCAAGAAGUGAUGUGCCAGCAGCGACUCCGUCUACAAUGCCCGAGGUGCGCGUCCUUACGAGCUCUCCCGGGUAUAUCCCGCCCGGGUACGGCUUGCCCGUGUAUGGCGCUCCAGGGUAUGGCGCCCCUGGGUAUGGCCUUUCGGGCUACGGAGUCCCCGCGGCUAGCACUGCAGGGAACCUUGCCUCCGCAUCCAUUCCGCCGGUUCCAGGAAACCCACCGUACUCGAACUGGCCGGCUAUGCCUAACAUGCCUAUGCCCGGCUACCAGAUUUCCCCUGGAAUGCCGCAACGAAGAAAUUUUCCUGCCGAUGAAAAUUAUAGGUUCCCGUACAGGUUCAGCCGAAGAAGAAUGAUGCCUGAUUAUUACUAUUUUGAUGCUCCUCCAGUUAUCCCUCAAGGUAAGAAAUAACCAUAAGUGUAGAAAACUAGGCGAUAGGUUUUUUUCUGAGCUUACUAUCAAUGACUUUGGACUCUGGUCAAGUACAUUGACGAAAGAAAAACUCCAAGGUAUAUUUUAUUUUCUCCAAAAAUCAUGCCUUUAGAACGAGACAUUAUGAAACCAGCUGAUGAUUGAAAAAAUAAGAGAACAGGAAGAGAUGCCUUCCAAUGGAAUGGAAUCGACUCGAUAGAUUUGUAGGAUAGAUGGCGCAAGUUACAACUGCUGAUAGUAAUUCUAAGAUAGGCCAUUAUUUUUUAGUUAUAUAUUCUUUAACCGUAAUUUUCUAUCGUUAUUUCAACGCUGGUACAACUACUAGUAGUAGGUAUCAUAAUAGUUCUGCUCUAGAGCAUUUCAGUGAACAGGUCGUUGUUCUCUUACAAGUACUUAAAUACUCAAGUGUAUCAUCACCAAUUAGAUACUUUAACUGACUAAUCAUCAAUAUUUAUAGGAAAUUACCGAAGACAAGGAAGUGAUGACCAAUCUUCAAAUAAAACAGAAAACACACAACCAUCAGCCACAAAUACAACAUUACCGAGCAAUGUAACCUCCUUGCGUGCAGAAGAGAACAUAACUCACACAUCUAAUACUCCAGCAACGGCAUUACCAUUGAUAUCUCAAAAUACACCUCGACCGUUGACCCACACACCUACAUCAAU